AUGUCCCAUAGCACUCAAGACAGUGGAAGAAGACUGCAGUCAGCUGAGAGCAGUGAGGGGAAGGUGACAGGUGAAGAUGGCUCCAGAAUUCAGGAUAAUUUAAGGGACAGAGAUGAAGUGGGAGAUAAGUGGGUGGAGAAAGCUGAAGUGGAGGAAAGUGUGGCAAAGUGGCAGAAGUUGAUUGUGGGCAGGUAUGUGCUGUUAUCAACUUUUGCUGGUGAUGGAUGUAAUCUGUAUGACCUUCAGAGGGAAAAGUUAAAUGGACAUGUUUCUAUUUUUAAAAUCUAUUUUUAUUUCCUUCUUACAGUAUGGAUUAGUCUUUAUUAUGUUGCAUUCUAUGUGGUAUUGACUGGACUAUUCACACUUUCUAUCUAUUCUUUAAUGAAGACAAUUAAUCCUUAUACACCAGACUAUCAAGAUCGAUUAAAAUCACCAGGAGUGACAUUACGACCAGAUGUAUACGGAGAAAAAGGAAUGGAAAUUUAUUAUAACAUUUCUCAGAACUCCUCCUGGAAUCGUUAUGUUGCAAAACUUCAGACAUUUCUUUCAGCAUACAAUGAAACUAUGCAAGAACGCAACAAAAACUGUAGUCAGGAAAGUUAUUACUACCAAAAGACAUUUGAUGCUCCAAAUAAUGAAAAACACUCUUGCAAAUUUACAAAAGAUAUGCUUGAAAACUGCUCUGGUUUGACGGAUUCCACUUUUGGUUUUCCUGAAGGAAGGCCAUGCUUAAUAAUAAAGAUGAACAGAAUUAUCAAUUUUCUCCCUGGCAACGGGACUGCACCAAAAGUGAACUGCACAACUACUGAUGACAGCUCAUUUGAGGUAGCAUAUUAUCCUGCAAAUGGAACUUUUAGCCUUCACUACUUCCCUUACUAUGGACUCAAGGCACAGCCUAGCUACACUAAUCCACUGGUAGCAGUGAAACUUCUCAACUUUACUUACAAUAAAAUACUACACAUAAAAUGCAGAGUUGUUGGCGUUGGAAUUACUUCAGAUAAUCCACACGACCCAUAUGAAGGAAAAGUAGAAUUCAAACUUCGAAUACAAAAUUAAUCAAG